AUGGAAUCUACGCCAGAAGAAGAAGGUUAUGAUCCUACCUCGCGGCACCCUCUUCGCCGCAUUCGCGAGGAUCCUCUACAGCCGGACCUGGUACCGGAGCGCCAGGAGCGCAGCGACAGCGUUAGCCUCCCAGGCAUCAAGGCACUGCUCAAUGCGGCUGAUCAGCCGUCGCUCAUGUCUCCGUUCGGGGCUUCGUUCUUUGGAGGGAUCAAGUCAUCUACGCAGUUGAGCACGUCCACUCUCGACUCGCCUACGUCGCGCACAUCACGAUUUUCGUCCAUGACUUCAUCCACCGCCGACAGCCCAGGAUGGUGGGCCCCCGAUGACCGUUCCAGCGGAUUUUCGAGGUCGUCAUCGUUCAGUGCUCGUGGCGGCGAACCCGACUACAAGCGCCGUCGAUCCGACCUUCCACCCAUCCCGCCAGAUGCAGACGAGACGGCGCGCCUCAAGUGGCAGGCGCAGAGCCGCAACGCCUCGUACCCGGCGACGCUGUCAGGUAGCGCCAGCGGCAGCGGCGGUGGCGGUGGCGGACUGCGGGGCAUGCUCUACCCGCCGCCCACCAUGCGCGGUUCCAUCAGUGGCACGCCGUUGACGUCUCGGAUGUCGCCGGACUUGAUGUUUGACCACCACGCCUCGUCGCGCAGCUCACCUAUGACAGGCCCCCUGUCGAGCAAGUUUGCCGACCUUCACGCGGGCGAGCGUAGCCCCCCGUCGGAGGCCCCGACGCCCUUGCGCGCCCGCUCCCCUACCGACAGGCGUCUCUCGCUGUUUCCGCGCCCAGAAAACACUCCCGGUGGGCCACCACAUCCGAGCGCGCAGCCAGGCCAGCGCUUAUCUCUGACGGGUCCGCCAUCACCAGAGCCUACUGCGCCUGCCCCCCGUCGGUCUUCCCUAGCAGAGCAGAUCAUGGUCCAGAGUGGUGACGCUACGCUUGCGCAGAGCGGGCGAUUAUUCAAUCACGACACUCCUCACGACCGCGAUGUCCCAUACAUUGCUCGCCGCGAGUCUACAGAGUCCAACAUCUCGGCAACGUUUGCCAACCACUUGAUACAGGAGCCAGAGUCGGUGGCUCCUGUGCGCGAUCGUCGCGCUGCCCUUGUCGCGCCCCUGCCUGGGGCACGUCGCCCAUCUUUUGGCCUGGUGUCUGAAGAUGAGCCUGAGACCAAGGGCGACCCCGGCAUGCGCGGAAUGGAGGUACUUGCCGAGUCGGCACGGCGCGUGGCAGAUGCGGAACGCAAGGACAGCAUGGAGGACGAUCAGCCGGCUGGCAGCCCCGCAAAGCCCUCUGGGGGACCGACAGGGCCAAAAUACCCCUGCCAGUACUGCAAGAAGGCGUUUACCCGCCCCAGUUCACUGCGCAUCCAUACAUACAGCCAUACUGGUGAGCGCCCGUACGUUUGCCCGGAUCCUACGUGUGGACGUAAGUUCUCGGUACAGUCCAAUCUCAAGCGCCAUGCCAAAGUGCACCACCAGAACAACCAGCAGCAAAAUGCGAUGGGCAAUCACCAUGCGCGACAGCACCCUCCACCUGGUCCCUCGAUGAUGGGUCGUGGCCCACCACAACCAGGUGCUUAUGGAUACCCCGGCCAUCCUCCUCAUCCAGCGCACGGGCCACCUAUGCCGCCACCGCACAUGGUUCAUCCAUCACAUCACCCACACGCGCCUGGUCCGUAUGGCCCUCCGCCGGCGGGGUUCCUGCCUAACCCGGCGUUCCCCAUUCAUCCUGGUCCGCCGCGUGGUCAUUACCGAGGACCGAUUCGUUCGAACGACCACCACGGUCCACCUGGUGUGCCAUACCACGUCGACCAGCGGAGACUGUCACAUCCGCACGAAGGAAGUCAAGGACCACUCCCACGGCCGGGGCCACACAGUGGCCCUGGUGCAGGUGAAGCGGAGUGGGAAACGGACGAGGAGGAGGACGAGCUGGACGAGGAUGAGUAA